AUGCUGUGGGUAGACGCUAUUUGCAUCGACCAGGGGAAUAUCGCCGAAAAGAAUACACAGGUGUCACUCAUGUCAACAAUCUACUCUCAUGCAGCUGUCCUAGUCUGGCUUGGGACAGGGAACCAAUCUACCGACCAAGUCAUGGAUUUGAGACAGGAGUUGGCCGUUCGAGAUGUAGCUAUCCCGGCUGCCCAACAUUACAAAGACAUGUCGGAUUCAUUACAGCAGAUGAAGAUUCAUUUGGCCUCACGUUCACUCUUUGAUGUAAUAAUGGGCAUGUCCAACAUCCUUUUUGUCCUGGUUCCGGAGAACGUGGAUCCUUCACGAGUUAACCCUGCCUAG